AUGACGGUGAAUAAAACACACGAUGAAAACGAUGAAGAAAAAAUCGAAUCGGAUGAAGCUGAUGAAUCUGAGAAAGAUCCUCCACAGCAGAAACCAUCAGGAAUAGUCGAUGGUAGUCAACGGAUUGAAAGGAAACAUCGAGAAACAUCGAUUGAAACAAAUAAAGUUCCUUAUAUGAAUCCUGCAAAAGAAAACCAGAACGGUUAUCAAGCAGCUGAGAACAUUUUUGUGUCCGGCCUAUGGCUAUAUCGAUAUUAUCAAUAUAAUCAGUGGUUCGGACCAUUUCAACAACAAAUUGUCUUCAAUCCAAUGACCAAAACACUAAAUGGCUGUGGCGUAGAUAAUGUUGGUCAAUAUCUAUUGAAUGGAUCGUUUUCAGUAGAAACUGGACAACUUGAGAUGAUGCAGCAUUAUCAAAUCGGUACAGGAAAUCCUAAUUUCAAUAUAGGUCACAAAGAUGCUAUUCAACUUACUUGGAACGCUUCAAGAAAAUUAUUCGAAGGCAUGGGAUAUUCUCAAUCUGGAGGAAAUUACGUACCAGGCUCAAUUAUCGAAAUGUCGCAUGCCUGA